GUACGAGAUCGUUCGAAAAAUUUUGUUUUCCGGUUUGUGACUUAAUGUGUGUUGAUUUAGCGACGAUUUAUAUGUUAAUUGGCGCAUUCUCAGGUGUUGUGGUGCGACGUCACUGCAAGGUUUUCGUGCGAGAUACGAAUGGUUUUCGAUUUGUUUUGAUGAUUUUUUUUUUGUGGAAAGUUAUCGAUUUUUGUUUUGUCGGCGUUUCGGCGCGCAAUUAUCGAAAAAAUGCGCGUUUUCGCAACGUCCUGGAGAUUAUCUCGUCUGAAUUUGCUCUAACCCAAAAUGUGGAAGUUAGCCCUCUUCAGUGUCAUUUUAGGAACUUUCCUCAUCAUCCAGCAAAUCCACACCUGCAACGAAGCAGUCUGCGGAAGCAUCGUCAGCAAAUGCCUCCUCACGCAAUCCUGCAAAUGCGACUUAAAAAACUGUACUUGCUGCAAGGACUGCUUCAGCUGCCUGAGUUAUCUAUACGAUGAAUGCUGUUCUUGUGUAGACAUGUGCCCCAAGUCGCACGAAAUCAACGAAAGUCCCCUCAGCAAAAAAUCCCACGUGGAAGACUUCAUGGAACCCGUUCCAGGACUCUUCGACGUCCUGACCCAAUACCCAGAUCCAGAGAUGCGCUGGAAUAGUACAACGUUUCCCAUAGACAUAGAUGCGAGUCAUUAUGGUACAAAACGCGAAAUCAAAAUACACAUGCAAAGCGCCGAACAAGAAGUAGCCCCUAUAAAAAGCAACAUAAUCACUCUCAACUGUACAGUGGCUUUUCUCAAAGGGUGCAUGAAUUGGGUGAAGUGUAAAACUAGUUGCCAGACCAUGGGUUCCAGCAGCUACCGAUGGUUCCACGAUGGGUGCUGCGAGUGCAUUGGCCAAAACUGCAUAAACUACGGGAUAAAUGAGAGCAGAUGUCGUGAGUGCUCCUUGAACGACCUGAGCGACGAAGUGGAGGAGGAUGUGGACGAAGAAGAAUUGGAUUAUGGUUAUGGUGAAACUUCGGGCAACGAACUCGAUGACUUGUAAAUUGUUUGUGACGGCUGUGGACUGUUUCAAGCGCUUAUUGUAUCCGUACAUAAGAGAUAAAGUUGCUUGCCGUCCACGGGUGUUAAGUUUUAAAAACUGAACUUUUGUACAUAACGUAAUAUAGGGAGGCAACGCUUUAAAUUAAAGACUUAGCUUUGGAAGGUUUAACUUGUUUUAUAAGUUAUGGAAAUUUAAAGGUUUGUUUUUAAGGAAAAAUAGAGAUGUUAUAUAAUUUUACUUGUACAUUUUAUUGUCAGUAUGAAGUUUUAUAGAUGAGAUUCGACACUAAUAAAUAAAUAAUUUUUACAAUGGA